AUGCAGUUCUACCCCAUGCUACAGUCCAUGGGCAACAUUUGGUUUCUAAGUCCGCGGAUGACCACGGAACAUACCGAACAUUUGGAUAGUUUCAUAAAACGCAUUCAGGAUGCCACCGGGGAACCCCAAUACGUAUGGACCAAUCGCAGCGAUGUGAGAAUGAUUCGUACCGCAGCCAAGCGGAAUUGCAUGGUUGUGGUCUUCACCACCGAUGCUGAGGAUCCCAUAAUGUAUACCCACAAUCGGGUAAUGACAGGACGUCAUUUUGGCCUUUCACUCAUCAUCUACGCUCCCAAGGUGAGCAGCAUAAAGGACAUCGAGCGGCUUUGCUAUGUCCUGUACAAAGGGAACUUUGUCAAUGGCAUGGUGUACUUCCAACAAACCAAUGGACGAAACGAACUCUUUGGCCACGAACAAUUUCCAGAAUUUGUGAUGGAAAAUCGUACCGAUUUUAUGGCCUAUGUCAGGAGGCAGUACAAAAAAGCGUUAGCGGCCUCUCAGGAUGUGGGUGGUUAUAAGUUCUACACACCACUGCGUCAGGAUUUGCCGCAUGUCAUAAAAUACAAGGAUAAGGGGGGCAGGGCCCAGAUGCAGGGCACCACAUUUCGUAUCCUGGAUGAUUUUGUGGAAUCCCUGAAUGGUACCAUAGUAGAAUAUCAAAUGCCCCCCGACAACUAUGGUGGAGAUGUGGUAAAUAUGAAAGCUGUCUUGGAGUUGGUGCGUAGUCGGAAAAUUGACUUGGCUGCCCAUGCCUAUGCCCUCUACCACACCGAUGAUGAUUUGGAUAAAAGCUAUCCCAUAAUGGUGGUCAAAUGGUGUCUAAUGGUGCCACUACAAAACAGCAUAUCCACAUUUCUCUAUGUCCUGCAGCCGUUCGAAUGGAAGGUGUGGCUGGUAAUAAUUGUUGUUUUGUUCGCACUACAAAUCAUGGACCUGUUUAAAAUCACCCUGGAAACUAUUAUCCUCAGGGCUCAACGCAAAGAAUAUUUCAGUCGUGUCAUUGAGGCUUGGUUGGAUGAUUACUGUGUUGUCCUGGGCAUAACCACACCCAAGCCCAUACAGGUUCCGGUCCUUAAACGUUUUCUAUUCUACAUUACCCUUUUCUACUUUAGCUUCUUCCUCUCCGCCAACUAUACCUCAUAUUUGGGUAGCUUUCUCACGGUGAGUCUGUUUCGUGCCCAAAUCAACACCAUGGAGGACCUGAUUCAGGCCCAAUUGCCCGUCAUGAUAAUCGAUUAUGAGCUGGAAUUUUUACUUUCCGAGGGUUUUCAAAUGCCCGAGGAGUUUGGUAAACUAAUACGGCCCGUUGACAGCCACACUUUUGUCACACACCGGAUUCAAUUCAACAAAAGUUUUGCCUAUUUUGUCACCGACGAUACCUGGCACUUUCUGGAUGAGGCCCAAAAACAUUUGAAGCAAAAGGUGUUUAAAUUUUCCGAUAUUUGUUUUGGUUCCUAUCAUCUGGCCUAUCCCAUACAAAUGGAUUCGCCCGUGUGGCGUGAUUUGGAGUAUUUCCUAUUUCGCACCCAUUCGAAUGGUUUGCUGCAGAAAUACGAACAUGAGACAUUUCAAUAUGCCGUGUCGGCAGGUUAUAUACAACGUUUGGCCGAGGCUCAUGAUACAACUGCGGCGGGAAUUGAGCAUUUACGUUUGCUAUUUAUUAUAUGGGCUCUAAUGUGUUCUGCCGCUUGGUUGUGCCUGUUUUUGGAGAUUUUGCCACACCUCACCUAA